CGCGAGCGAGCGGCUGACUGACUGUCGGAGACGGCAGUGCAGAACGGGCCUUUAUCCGUGCCUCGUCGUCGAGCUGUCCGUAUCAUGCGCCGCUGAAGUGAAUUGUCAAGUGAAAUCACAGCAAUGGCUGCCAACGAGCAACAGCGUAAGGAAUCGCGUGAAAGCAGGGAACCAGCCCAUCAUGCAAGACGGCCCAUGAAUGCGUUUCUGAUUUUUUGCAAGCGGCAUCGUGGCUCGGUGCGAUCUGGCUUUCCAAACUUGGAAAAUAGGGCAGUCACCAGGGUCCUGGGUGAAUGGUGGGCAACCCUUCAUCCUGAUCAGAAACGUUCCUACACAAAUCUCGCGCAGGAAUACAAGGAUGCAUUUCUGAACGCAAAUCCUGACUUCAAGUGGUACAAAUUGCCAGCACCCCCGCUACGUACUUUAAAUACUAGGCCUACCAACAAGAAGCAAGAGUCGAGUAGCGGUGUGCAGUCCACAGAUAGUGUCAAAUCUGAAUACGAGUCUUCCGAUUGUACAAAAUCAGACAGACGGGACGGACAAUCAAUUCAGCCAGGCAAAUUGGCAGACGAGUCGCAGAUUGGUGGGCUCAGUUCUCUCUUCACUCCUCAGAAGUCGGAGGCGAGCGAGGAACAGCCCGUCAAUGGUAUUGCAGAAAGUGAUUCCGUGCCACCGAAACCACCCAAAAAGAGGUAUACGGAGUCACCUUUCCAGAGUGAUCAGAAGAGGGACUGCAAGUCGGAUCUCUUUGGCGAAAAGAAAAGGAAGAGAGCCGAGUCCAAUAACAAUGAACAGCACGAAACGAUCAUAGAAGACGAGAAACACACGAUAAAUUCUUUCGUGACAACGCAUACGCAACCAGAAGAGAAUAAUUUCCGUAGUGAAAGGACAUGUAAAGGUUUACGUUAUCAGAAAUUCCUCGCUGAGCAGAAUAUCGGACCUUCGAACCAACAAAGCAAACGAAGGCGAGCAGUUGGGAGUCACGGACACGACGAACGUCCGAAUGAAAGAAGAAAUUCUAUCUCCUCGAAUGUUAGUGAAAAAACAGAUUCCUUAAGUAGCGAGGGAGGAAACAGUUCUCGUGGAGAUUUAGAGCAUCUUGUAGAGAGUGCUGAAGGCAAAAUGGAAGCUUCCAAACCUGAAGAUACAGAAACUGAAGGUGCCGAAGAUCAAGUGGAUUAUGGACCUUGGACAGCACGUAAAAGAUUUCGAGCAGAAGAUUUUAAUCUGGAAAAGAAAAUCGAGGCAUUGCCGUCUUUAAGUUUAGAGGAAUUUCAAGAAAAGAAGAAACAGCAACGUACGAAAAAAAAGAAAAUUUUGCAAAAAUUCAAUUCUUCGACUAACAAAAAACAAAAUUCGUCUUCUGGUAGUCAGGCUCAAAGAGUUAAUACGAUAAGUGAGAGUUACGAGGAGUCGGAGAAAGCCCAUCUUGUUGGAAGCCAGAAACGGAAAGCACGAAAGCAAAGUAUCACGCGGAACGCUGCGGCAAUAAAUUCCACCAAACAUUCUGAGGAUCAAGGACAAAAUAAACCUUGGUCUCCAGAUCUUGAAGCUCUAGCGUGUCUUGCAACGGUUGCCGCCAAUAGAACAAAACUUACCAAAAAUAACGCUUAAUUGUGUAAGAUCGCACCAUAAAAACCAAAACUUUAUUAAGUUUUCUCCGAUUUCCUAUCACCGGGAUUAUUAAAACAUACUUUUUCAAGUGCUGUUAUAAACGAUGCUGUUACAGUGUCAAUAACAUAAUGAUUAUUGUUAAUAUCUUUAUUGUUAAUCUUUACUAUUACAAAUAGGAAUAUUAUGCCUGCUAUUGACUAUAGAUUCCAUUAUUCAGUAUGAGGGACGUGUUUUAUUUUUAUCUGGAAUAACAGUUUUCAUCGAAAAGAUAGGAAGGUAAAGGACUUCUUUUUUACGGUUUAUAUUGUGAAAAGUCAUUUUCUAAUGGUUUGGAGUAGAUACGUUACUUUAUUUAUGUUUCUUGUAAUUGUACAUAAAAUAAUUAAGUUGUAGCAUAACUGGUUAGUUUAAUGCAAAUAGUAAUAAUUUUAUCAUGUGUUACUAAGUUCGAUAAUUAUGAUAGUAUGUUCUUAAUUAUCCAUACUUUCAUCUAUUCCUCGUUAAAAUUUUCAUUUCUAUGAACCCUAACAAUGCCAACGGUAAAUCUGACUAGAUAACGCGGAGCUGUGACGUCUAUGACUAUACGAAGAUGGAUUGAAUUAAAUAUGUAGAACGGUAUAUAAACGCAAGGAUUUGUACAUUCUAUUUUUUCAUGGGAGAUUUGUAUGUAUCUUAUUUUCUUAACUUGUUGCUUUUCUCUUAUACAAAGUCGCAUUGACACAAACGAAUUGGUAUGAUCGAGGCAAUUCCAUUAGGCGCAAUGUAUAACUCUCGGGAAGAAUUUAUUCUCAUUAUUUCCGAUAACGUAUAAGAGCGAAAAUAUAUUUUUACUUACCUUUUAUUUUAUUAUGUUCCAUCAGCAUUCGAUGUACAUAGGUAUAGGUGCAGUAUUAUAUACAGAUACGAGAUGUGGAAUAUCCUUUACGAUAUGACUUGAACAUCAAACAAAAAGAAGGGUAUAAUCAAAAUAUGGAUAUAUGUGCGACCACAAUUUAUAUGUUAUACAUGCAUACACGCUAAUAGACGCGCGCUUACAUGUGUAAGUUUAAAUGUUUAUAGAUUUUCAGAUGUAUACACGAGUGCAUGUUAGAUGACUCUGUCUCUGUGUACCGAAAUACGCGUAUAUUCGUGUAUGCAUGUAAUAGAGUGAUAAGACUACCUGCAUAUGUGAAUGUAUAUUUAUAAUAUUUAUAUCAACUGCAUAUAUAUAUAUAUAAUUUAUAUAUAUACAUGCGUAUUUAGCGUUAAGACCGGAGAAUGCGACUUUGUGCUCUGUUUGAGAAAGUAAGAGACUUGUCUGUGAUUUCGGCUAAAAAGGAGUUUUUAAUAUUUUAUAUUUUUCUAAUGAUUUUUUUCUCUCUUUUUUUCCCUUUUCUCAUAUUUUCACUUUCUCUCUGUAACGUGUAUAAAACUCUCUAUUUUUCUCUUUUUUCUAUACGUGUGUAUAUAAAACUAUAACUUUAAUAACGAUUUAACUUUAUGAGCUCUGUGAAAUGAUAGGAAGAAUGUAGCGUUACGCAACCUUACGUAACGUUGAUAGGUUUCUCCGUAGUUUGCAAAAAAUGUACUGAUUAUAUUUCAAAUGUGCCUUGACGAGAUAUGAAUAUAGUGAUUAAACAACCGACCAACAAUAUAUUUUCGAUUCGUUUCGCUCUUCUGACCGCAUUUUGGCUUUUACAUUUGUACCUAUCAGCAGUAUGAGACUGUCUUGCUGCAGGACUUUACAAUCGGGCUUAGUUGCCAAUGUAUAAAGAUCGGGCGAAUUUAACGAAAUCAGGGGAGAAUGUUUCGAAUUUUACUGCACAAAACAUCUAUGUACCUAGCUUUAAAAGAAUGUAUAAUUUACAUGAAUCUAUAUACGUGUACAUAUUAUAUACCACAUUUAUAUAUGAAUAAUAAAGA